AUUUCAGUUUCAGAAAAAUUUAAAAUUUCUGUGAAUCACCAUGUCUUCGGCCCCCUCUUCCCCUCCUGUUCAUCCUUUGGAACAGUAGCUGUCACGGCAGUCUGUCAAUAGCUAUAAAUAUAACUAUUGGAAGUAUUUCACUCAUCACCGGUGCUGCGCAGAAAUUGUAUAACGGAUUGUGAUCCACUAUUUUAUUGCUACGUACUGGUCUUAAUUAUGCGUGGUUUGACGUAACCAACCUCACUUUGUUUGGACUCCUAUUGGACCUGAUUGAAGAGCAACAGCCAUGGCCAUCGAGAAUAUACCUCGGGUCAAUCUUGAGGGAAAAUAUGCUGCGAUACUGGUCUGCUGGCUUCUUGGCAAUGGCUGUCUUUUCUCUUGGAACAGUAUGCUGACUAUAGAAGACUACUACGUGUAUUUGUUUCCGAAUUACCACCCCUCUCGGGUGCUCACUCUUGUAUACCAGCCAUUUGCUCUUGGCACACUUGCAAUACUGGCUUAUAAUGAAGCAAAAAUCAACACUAGAACACGGAACCUAUUUGGAUAUACUCUUUUCUUCUUCAGUACUCUGUUGGUGUUAAUUUUGGAUUUAGCAACAUCUGGCAAAGGAGGAAUUGGGACCUUUAUUGGUAUUUGUGCCAUCAGUGGCGCUUUUGGAGUUGCAGAUGCUCAUGUGCAAGGUGGAAUGGUCGGAGACCUUUCUUACAUGAGACCAGAGUUCAUUCAGUCUUUUCUUGCUGGUUUAGCAGCAUCAGGUGCAUUAACCUCUGCUUUGAGAUUAAUUACAAAAGCUGCAUUUGAGAAUUCUAGGGACGGUCUUCGCAAAGGAGCAAUUUUGUUCUUUGCCAUAUCGAUAUUGUUUGAGCUUCUUUGUGUUCUGCUCUAUGCAUCUGCCUUUCCUAAACUACCGAUUGUCAAGUACUACCGUUCAAGAGCAGCCGCUGAAGGAUCCAAAACUGUUACAGAUGAUCUUGCUGCUGGUGGCAUCCAGACAUCAAGCAUUGAAAGAGAUGAGGAGGACCCGAAACUACUAGAGCGGAAGGGAAACAAGCAGCUGUUACUAGAAAACAUUGAUUAUGCACUUGAUAUGUUCCUAAUCUAUGUGCUAACACUAUCUAUUUUCCCUGGAUUUUUGUCAGAAGAUACUGGAUCACACAGUUUGGGCACCUGGUAUGCUCUUGUGCUAAUUGCAAUGUACAACGUGAGUGAUUUGAUCGGAAGAUACAUUCCGCUGUCGAAAUUCCUGAAGCUGGAAUCCCGAAGGAUAAUCAUGACGGCAAUUCUGAGUCGCUUCUUACUGAUUCCUGCAUUUUAUGUCACUGCAAAGCAUGGUGACCAGGGAUGGAUGAUAAUGUUAACCUCCUUCUUGGGGCUGUCCAAUGGAUACCUCACUGUCUCUGUUCUCACAGCUGCACCAAAAGGUUACAAGGGACCGGAACAAAAUGCCUUGGGAAAUAUAUUGGUGCUGUUUCUUCUUGCAGGUAUUUUUGCAGGAGUCACGCUUGAUUGGUUGUGGUUGAUAGGCAAAGGUUGGUGAGAUUCCUUUCCAAUCCAGCCACUAUUUGGUGGGAAAUCUUCGUGUGUUCAUAUUCGUCUGUCUGUUUUGUUCCAUUUUUUGUUAGUGUUCUUCUGCUUCAUUCUUCUAGUGGGGGUAAUCUGUCAGAUUAUAAGACACUUUAGGUACCAAUAGAUGCUUUUCUUUACAUGCAAAUGCAGUGAAUAAUAUAUAUCAAAUCAAAUCAUUCUUCUAAUAGAAUUAUUAGAAGCAGGCCUCAAA